AUGCAGCUCAUCUCUCGCGUAGCCGCAGCCACGGCGGUCCUCGCCGGCAGCGUUUCUGCUGUGAACUUCACGGGCGAUGUCGUGAACGGCGUCCCGGUCAUCAGCGGCCUCGACCUCGCUGACGUGCCUCCCCAAACCGUCUCCAAGUAUUACAUGCGAGCUGGCGAGCUCAAUGGCGGACACCCCGUGCAUAUUCCUAUCAUGGUUGCGCGCGGAACCCCGGAGAGCCUGCACACGGGCAAGAAGCUGUCGCUUUCAGCUUCGAUUCACGGCGAUGAGUUGAACCCGGUUCGCGUGGUUCAGCGCAUGUUCGAGCAGCUCCAAGACCAGGUCGCGACUCUCAAUGGCACAGUCAUUGGUAUUCCGACAGUCAACCCCAUGGGUAUCUACCUCAACCAGCGAAACUACUUCACGUCUGGUGCCAGUGGUUCUCUCACAAACGUCAACCGCAUCUUCCCGGGUGUCUCGGCCAUGGAAGGAGGCAGUGGUCCUGACAUUUUGGCGUACAACAUCUGGAACCAGAUCUGGGCCAACACAUCAAAUGUUGACGUUGGCAUUGACCUGCACACACCCAGCUCCGGCGGAGAGACCUCGCUAUGGUGCUACUCCGACUUCCGCCUCCCCUACGUCGAGCGCCUCGCCAAACUCCUCCAACCCGAUACCCUCAAGAUCGACCCUGGAGAGCCAGGCUCCAUCGAGACAACCUUUGUCGACUACGGCAUUCCCUCGCUCACGGUCGAAAUGGGUCAAGCCAAGGUCUGGAACAACAGCCUGAUCGACCGCGUAGUCGACUACGUAAACCGCGUCAUGGUCGACCUCAAGAUGACGGGCACAAACGAGACCGUGGAGCCGGAUCUCAGCAACACAUACAUGAUCACCACUUUCCACGACACAUGGUCGCAGUACGGAGGCUUCGUCGAGAGGCUUGUACAGGUCGAUGAGCCAGUCACCAAGGGCCAGCCCAUUGCCCACAUCCGCAACCCCUUCGGUGAUAUCAUCGAGACGCUACUUUCACCAGAGACUGGACGUAUGUUCCAGAGCCCGCGUGACCCUAGCAUCGAGCCUGGUGGCAGUGUAGGGCAAAUCGCAUACAACAGCACGGAUCCGGAGUGUGCUGACGGAUGCAUCCUGUCUGGUCCUCAGGGCAGCAGGAGAUAA